UAUAAGAUUAAAAUGUGAGAGAUGAAAGAAGUGGAGAAUGUGCCUGCAGCCGCAAAUGGAAAAUAUCUUCUUCAUCUAGUUUCUAUCAUAAAUCUCAGUUCUUCUUGAUUGGUUAAACUUAACCAACAGUACGGACAGGAGAAUAACAAUAACUUUGACUACAUGAAACAGAAAAGUCAUCCUUUUUUCCAGAAACGACUUCCAACAGGCAAUUUCUUUGAACUGUAAACCCUUUUUCCCUGGAAAAAGCCAUCAGGAUAGAAAAAUAAAGCCAAGUUUUAUAAAAGAAAAGAACAAAACAAGUGGGAAUCUUCACGGAACUCUCGAGCUUUUCUAGUUCAAAAGGUUCACACUCAUCUUCCAAUAUAUAUAUAUAUAUAAAGAAAGAGUUCAUACCUACCCACGCGCUCUCCCAAAUUGUAACCCUCAUUUCUUCACUUUUUCCUGUCUCUGAAUUUCAGCUGUUAUUAACAUUACACCAGAAAAAUCUUUCUUUCAAUUCGGGUUCUGAGUUGGGUUCGGGUUAUAUCCAGGAAACAUGUCAAUGGGGUCAGGGGAUCAAAGCAUCAAAGGUAUACCAACUCAUGGUGGACGCUAUGUUCAGUACAACGUUUAUGGUAACCUCUUCGAAGUUCCCUCAAAAUAUGUUCCUCCUCUUCGCCCCAUCGGCCGAGGUGCUUAUGGUAUUGUCUGUGCUGCUGUGAAUUCAGAGACACAGGAGGAGGUUGCUAUCAAGAAAAUCGGUAAUGCAUUUGACAACCGGAUCGAUGCCAAAAGGACAUUGCGAGAGAUCAAGCUUCUUCGUCACAUGGAUCACGAGAAUGUGGUUGCCAUCAAGGACAUAGUACGGCCUCCACAGUGGGAGAACUUUAAUGAUGUUUACCUCGUUUAUGAACUGAUGGACACUGAUCUUCAUCAAAUUAUAAGAUCCAAUCAACCAUUGACAGAUGAUCAUUGUCGGUACUUUCUAUAUCAGAUUCUUCGAGGGCUCAAAUAUGUACAUUCAGCAAAUGUUUUGCAUCGCGAUUUAAAGCCUAGCAAUUUAUUUUUAAACGCGAAUUGUGACCUUAAAAUUGGAGACUUUGGGCUUGCAAGGACAACAUCUGAAACUGAUUUCAUGACAGAAUAUGUUGUUACUCGUUGGUACCGGGCACCGGAAUUGCUUCUGAAUUGUUCUGAAUACACCGCUGCAAUUGAUAUUUGGUCGGUGGGCUGCAUACUUGGCGAAAUCAUGAGUAGACAACCCCUCUUCCCUGGCAAAGAUUACGUGCAUCAGUUGAGGCUUAUCACAGAGCUUAUAGGUUCUCCUGAUGAUUCCAGCCUUGGGUUCCUUCGAAGUGACAAUGCACGAAGAUAUGUUAGACAGCUUCCACAAUACCCAAGGCAAAAUUUCUCUUCUAGAUUUCCUAACAUGUCACCUGGUGCCAUUGAUCUGCUAGAAAAGAUGCUCAUCUUUGAUCCCCAUAGGCGCAUUACAGUGGAUGAGGCUCUAUGCCACCCUUACUUGGCACCACUUCAUGAUAUCAAUGAGGAGCCAGUUUGCCCAAUGCCUUUCAGUUUUGAUUUCGAGCAACCAUCUUUUACUGAAGAAAACAUCAAGGAGCUAAUUUAUAGGGAAUCGGUAAAAUUCAAUCCAGACCCAAUGUAUUAAGGCUUAUAUGUAUUGUAUUUGUAUAUGACUCUGCAAGUGUGUGCCUAGCGGCAUUACCGUUUGUGACCCAUCAUUCCCCUUUGUGAUUAGAAACAUUAAGAAUAGAAUACUCUUAAACUGAAUGACAGUUUAUUCACCUUCUUUUGCAACA